AUGUAGAAUGUUGAUGGUCCAGAUGAUUUGAAUAUUAAUUAUUAUUAUUCUAAUGAAAAAGGAGAAGAAGUAAAAAUAGAUAUAGAAAACUAUGAGAUAGAUGAUAUUUCAGACCUUAAUAAUUAAAAUGAUUCAUUAGAAGAAGGUAAUUCAUUAUUUGAUGAUUCAUGUGUAAUGAUAAGUCCAAAUCAUUAUUUUAUUUUAAUAAAUGUAAAUGUUGAAAUUUUAAGAAAAAAAGAAUUACAAAGACUUAUUAUUAUUGAUGUUUAUAAUCAUAAGAUAUAAAAAUUAUUUGAUAGAUCUAAUUUUUUAGGAGAUACAAAUCCAUAACUCUCUAUAGAUGGUAAUUUUGCAUUAAUAAAUUAAAAAUGAUAGUGAAUAAUCAAUAUCAAAAUGGUUGUUUUGGGAUCUUAAAAAUAGAAUUUUAACAGUUUUAUACUUUUCAACUAAUUAACCAAUGUUAAGAAUAGAAUAUGAUGAUUAUUCAAAUUUUUUUUUUAUAUGACACAUUUAGAUACAAUAUAUUAAUAAUCAUUUAAUUUUAAAAAAUUACCAUAUCGAUAAAUCAAAAAGAUAGAAAUAUCAAAUUUAAUUCAAAAUCCUAUUAAUUUCUUGAAAAUCAUGAUACUCAUCUAUAUAUAUUCGUUGAUUAUUUAGCAUUAAUUGUUAAUUAAAAAGGUUAACAUAAUAUUACCAGAAUCAAAAACAAUUGUAAAAUUAAAAAAAAAUUAAAUUUUUGA